UCUGUUAGUUCCGGUUCUACAUUGGCAACCGAUUUCACUAUAUACAGUAGUGGAGUUGAGAUCGGAAGAGAGAGAAACACAGAGAAGAGAUUCAUUUUGGCAGCCAUGGGAGGAGGAAUGGAAGUGAACAAGAACACACACAUCGAAGACUGGAACGCAUUUAGAGAAAAUCUGGAACAUAAAUUUCGCUGGAAUCGUCGUAGUUUCGCAAUCGUCGGUCUAUUUGGUAUCGCUAUUCCUGUCCUUGUUUACAAAGGAAUCGUCAAGGACUUUCAUAUGCAAGAUGAAGACUAUGGAAGGCCAUACAAGAAAUAUGGACUUUGAGAGUCGUGGAAAUGCUUCGUAAUAAUGUUGGUUUUGUAGUAAAACCUAAAACUGCUGAACUCACAACUCUGUUAUUCCCAUUUUGAGACUGUCGCUUCACACCCAGAUUUGUGCUACAUAUUGAUAACACAAACACCUGUUAAAGAUUCUGAUGUUUUAUGUCCUAUUGAUCGUUCCGUUUGCCUUAUUUGAUACCUUGUUUUGUUUCUCUGGUAUACUCAUGUUACCAUUUCU